AUGGCCUCCAAGGUGGAACGCCUUUUGGAGUCGCCGGAAACCCUGGGCGGAGGAGGCUGGACUAGACUCGAGCUCCCUCCUCCUGCACCAAAGGGAGUCGCCGCCGCCUGGGCUCUUAACCGCCGCGGGGGGAAGGGUUCCAGAAAGCUGACUCUGAUCUGGAUUACAUUCAGUACAGGCUGGAAUAUGAAAUCAAGACUAAUUAUCCUGAUUCAGCAGGCAAGAACAACCAACCAAUUCUGGUCCAGUGGUACCACCUAAUUGACUGGCCAAAAGUACUCAUCUGAAAAAAUCCAGUUACACUCUUAAAGGAAUUGUCAGCAAUAAAGUCUCGAUAUCAAACUUUGCACACACGCUUUAAACGAAUUGCUGUCGAGCAGAAAGAGACAAAGAGCCGCAUUUAUGCUACUUUC